CGGGGUGGGGCUGCCUGCGACCCGCACACGUCCAGGUGGGGAAGGCGGCUUCGCUGUGGCCAUGGCACUCGCUACUCAAGCACUGCAGUUGCUGUGCGCCAGUGGCGGCUGCCUGGAGCAGGGCGAGCUCCAGCGGCGGCUGCCAGGCCGGCCCUCGGCGAAGCAGCUGGCUCUGGUGCUGCAGGAUACGCAGCAGUUCACGCUAGUGCAGCGGCCCAGCGAGGCGGCGGCAGCGCCAGCGGCAGCUGCAGCAGCGGGAUCUGGGACAGAGGUGGUGGUGUUGGCCACCAGCCCCGUACGGCUGUGCCAGGAGCACGGUGCGGGCUGCGAUGGGCAGUGCGGGCGGCUGCAUCUCUGCAAGUACCACCUGAAGGGGUUCUGCCGCAACGAGUACGAGAGGAAGGAAUGCAGGUUUGUUCACAAUUUCCACUCGAACCACAAUCUCUUGGUUCUAAAACAGUAUGGACUUGAGAGUUUAAAUAGUGAUGAACUUCGUCAGCUUCUGCUUCAGAAUGAUCCUUCCCUCUUACCUGAGGUCUGCUUGCAUUAUAACAAAGGUGAUGGACCUUAUGGAUCUUGUACCUAUAAAAAGAUCUGCACCAAACUGCAUGUUUGCCAAUACUAUUUCCGGGGACAGUGUAGAUUUGGCAGCAGCUGCAAGCGAUCCCAUGAUUUAUUACAGUCGGAAUCUUAUGAUAAACUGGAGAGACACGGACUGAGCUGUGACAUUAUUAAGCAACUACCCUCCAUUUAUAGGAAUAUGUAUGACAUAAAAAAUGGCAAUGGGAACAUGUAUGACAUGGAAGAUAACAUGUCUUCACCAUUCAAAGAGAGAAAACACAGCUCUAGCCGAGAGUCUUCAACUACAAAUGAUGAUGAAUUGGAACAGAUUUGUUUAUAUCAUCUGUACAGAGGUUGUGGCUUUAAAGACAAGUGUAUCAGAACCCAUUUUCACUUGCCAUAUAGAUGGCAGGUAUCUGAUGGUAAGAUCUGGAAAGACUUGAAGAAUAUGGAAGAUAUAGAAGAAGCAUACUGUGAGCCCGCUUACACUGGAAUCGGAAACGUUGUUGCUGAAACUGGCAGUGUCUUGCCACGUAUCUCUUUUCUGAAUAUGUCUUGUGGGUUUGAAAAGGUUAGACGUCUUUCUACAGCCUCUUCUGUGACCAAACCCCCUCACUUCAUUCUUACAACAGAAUGGAUCUGGUACUGGAAAGAUGAGUAUGGCCUGUGGCAGGAGUAUGGGAAAAAAGAUGUUGACCAUGUAGCCGCCACUGUCUCCAGUGAAGACCUGGAGAAAGCAUAUAUAAGCAAAUGUUCUCCAACACUGAACUUCAAAGCUGGAAGACAUGAAUAUGAAAUCAAUUUUGCAGACAUGAUUCAGAAAAACCUUCGCUACUCAACAAAGAGAGAGGUUUGCAGAAGGCCUGUAUUUGUGUCUCCGGAAGAGGUAGAAAAAACAAGAGCCAGGAGCUCUAAAUAUGUAGAAGAAUUUAAGGGCAUUCCAUCUCACUGGGACAAAUCUGCUCUCCCUGAAGUGGGAUUCAAGCUGAUUGAGCUUGACAGUUCUUCUGAAGAAUAUAAGAAAGUCAAGGUGGGCUUUCAACGCACAAUGCCCACAACAGUUAUUAAAAGGAUUCGUAGAGUUCAGAACCCAUCUCUCUGGGAGCUGUAUCAGUGGCAGAAGGAACAAAUGCAGAAAAGCAAUGGUGGAAAUGCUGUGGAUGAGCGAUCUUUAUUUCAUGGGACCAGUAGAAAAUACAUUGAUGCCAUCUGUCAGCAAAACUUUGACUGGAGGAUCUGUGGCCUCCAUGGGACAGUCUAUGGCAAAGGAAGCUAUUUUGCAAGGGAUGCAUCUUAUUCUGACAGCUACUGCAGGGAAGGCUCGCGCACCAAGAUCAUGUUUCUGGCCCGGGUGCUGGUGGGGGAGUUCACUGUUGGUGAUUCUUCCUAUGUUCGGCCUCCCAUGAAGGACAGAUACAGCUUCUAUGACAGUUGUGUGAAUAGCUUUUCAAACCCUUCUAUCUUUGUCAUCUUUGAGAAGCAGCAGAUUUAUCCAGAGUAUCUCAUAGAAUACAUUGACCAGGCAUACGCUAAAAUGCUGUAGCACCAAAACCUGUCAUCAUUAUGUUUAACUGGUAUAAACCUUUUUUUAGCACUGGCUUAAGAGAGAAAAAGUGAUUUUUAGAAGUUACAUAAUUGGAUAGGUGAGUGUUCAGAAACAUUUAUUCUCUGUCCUUUCUGUGCAGUAGAAAAUGAGAAGACAGAAAGGAUGCCUUAGAAU